GGUGAAAGGUAAACGGCGUACUAUGCUGACGUCUUCUUCCACAGCGUAAUGGCCGCGUCGUCUGCAAGCAUGCCGGCAACCCGGGCUCCUUCCAGGCUUUCGUCCAAAACACGCAGCGGGACGUUGAUACAGAAGAGCAGAAUAGUUUUCUUCCUUUCGUUGGCCUGGGUGUUGCAUUGUGCUGCGGCCGACGGCAAGACGCUGGUCCUCCUCGACAACCUCAACAUCAGAGACAGCCAUUCUAUCUUCUUCCGUAGUCUGGCAGAUCGUGGCUUUGAUCUUGUAUUCAAGACAGCUGACGACCCUUCACUGUCGCUCAUCAAAUAUGGACAAUUCCCCUUCGACCACCUGAUCAUCUUUUCCCCAUCAGUUGAGGACUUCGGAGGCAGUAUAAACGUGGAGACAAUAACAGCCUUCAUUGAUGGCGGAGGAAACGUCUUGGUUGCUGCCAGUUCUGAGAUUGGUGACCCCCUGAGGGAGCUGGGAAGCGAGUGUGGCAUCGAGUUCGAUGAGGAAAAGACCGCCGUCAUCGACCACCAUAACUACGAUGUGUCUGAUCCUGGAGAGCACACCUUGAUUGUUGCUGACCCAGAAAACAUGCUGAAAGCUCCCACUAUUGUCGGCAAACCCACCAAUAAACCAGUUUUGUUUAAGGGCGUUGCCAUGGUGGCUGACCCUGACAACCCUCUGGUCCUGGACAUUCUUACCGGCUCGUCAACAGCCUACUCCUUUUUCCCUGACAGACCCAUUUCUCAGUACCCCCACGCUGUUGGCAAAAAUACCCUGCUGAUUGCCGGCCUUCAGGCAAGAAACAACGCCAGAGUGGUUUUCAGUGGCUCCUUGGACUUCUUUAGUGAUGCCUUCUUCAACUCCGCAGUGCAGAAAGCCACACCUGGAUCUGAAAGACACGAGCAGACCGGCAACAAGGAGCUGGCAGAGGCUCUCUCCCGCUGGGUGUUCAAAGAGGCCGGUGUCCUCAGGGUAGGUGCUGUUACCCAUCAUCCCGUGGGCGAGACCUCUCCCCCUGCGGCUUACACCGUCACCGAUCUUGUGGAGUACAGCGUGGUCAUUGAGAUGCUCUCUGAGGGCCGUUGGGUUCCUUUCGAUGGUGACGACAUUCAGCUGGAGUUUGUGAGGAUUGACCCCUUCGUCAGGACUUACCUCAAGAAAAACGGUGGGAAAUACAGCGUCCAAUUCAAGCUGCCGGACGUGUACGGAGUCUUCCAGUUCAAGGUGGACUACAACCGACUGGGAUAUACACACCUGUACUCAUCCACUCAGGUGUCCGUGCGGCCCCUGCAGCACACUCAAUACGAGCGCUUCAUCCCUUCCGCGUUCCCGUAUUAUGCCAGCGUCUUCUCCAUGAUGUCGGGACUGUUUAUCUUCAGCAUUGUCUUCCUGCACAUGAAAGAGAAGGAAAAGUUUGACUAGAUGGUAGGGAGUACAACAACCCCAGUGAACUUCUGAAAGCAACUUGGAAAUUGAGUUUGGGGGCAAUGCAGUUUGUUUUUGGCUGGGAGGACUCAAGUAAUUGGGUCUUGACACUAAAAUACUGUGCAGAUGUUUUUCCUUUUCAUUUUAUUUGAACACAAAAUGUUCAUGUUUGUACUUGGUUGGUAAACCAUUUUUAAAAAAUGAUCUGAAGCGAGUUCAGGAAUGUCAUUCACACAUAAUGAUUGGCCCUUAUUUCACUAUUAUGGUGGUCGCCACAUGCACUGAACAAAAUUAUGCCAACUCAUAAUUUACCUGCAGUCUCUUUUUUUGUUUUUUAACAAUAAACUAUUGACAUUCCAA